CACUUUCCUAUAGCUAUAGGUAAUCUGUUCGCUAAUUCUCUUAAAUUGACCGUUGUCGCUCACUUAUCCAGAACUCGACGGGCCAUAAUGGCUGCGUUUUCAUUUUCUCGCAUUGGUCGAUCUAUGAGGGGCAUAUUGCUCCCCACAGCAGCUGUCAUCGGCUUCUCAUGCCUCCUGACAUAUUUCUUUGUAUUAUACCAGCCCACCGUCGGACCCGGCAUUGCUCAGCGUCUAGGCUGGCAAGCUUGGGAUGCGGUCGCUACAGUUGACUACUUUGAUAAGGAACCUUCUACGCCGACAGUCACUGGCGACCCAGCGGAUGGCCAACCAAUUCCAGUCAAUGAUGACGAGACAGAUUGGUGGGAAACCACAAACAAUCAACCCUGGGAUACUACCGAUGAUAUAGAGAGUUAUCCCCUUGACGUAUGGGCUCCCUUGUUACCUCACGAUACCGGUCUGUCUGAAAUUGCUAUCACGCGUUGUAUGAUGUCACCGAGCCUUGUCGGGAACCUCUGUGCACCCACGACAACCGUCGAGCAGGAUGCCAUCAAGGGUAACUGGGUUCGAGUGGACCGGGAUCUCAACAAGCAAGCUGGUCUCUGGAAUUUGAACAUCUACUACAGACGAACGCGCCGUCUCGACAUACCUCUCAUUACCGACUUGCGCCUCCUUCCUGCCAAUGAAAUUCCCGAGCCUCUAUCAGAUUCCUGGGUAAAAGUAGAUCUCUCCAUACGCGAUGGCGUUAUGCGUGCGGAACCAAUGUACCUCUGGUACCUCCAGGGCAAAACGAUGAAUGAAAUGAAUGCGGACGAGAAAAGCAGUCUCAUUACCGAAGUCGACAUACUCUUUGGGGAGGAUAGGCCUUGGUACGGAUUUGAGAAAAUAGAGCCUGCCGUGACUCCGGAAAAGGAAGGGCAACUAGAGAGCGUGUAUGUGACAUACCGCCGCGGCGUGCAGUCGGUCCCUCACGCUCAUCCUUUACACUUCUCGCGGGACGGAAAAUUCAAGAUUUUGCAAGUUGCAGACCUGCAUUUUUCUGUUUCUAGGGGCAUCUGUCGGGAAACCGAUAUUGAUCCCUGCGUCAACUCUGAUAAUCUCACCAAUACGCUCCUCGGACACGUUAUGGACGAAGAAAAGCCAGAUCUUGUCGUCUUCUCCGGCGACCAACUCAACGGGCAGGGCACGUCUUGGGAUCCUAAAUCCGUUUUAGCAAAGUUUGCAGUCGCAGCUACAGAUCGAAAGAUACCUUGGGCAGCUAUCUUCGGCAAUCACGACGAAGAGAACGGCGAUGUGAAGCAGGAGCAAGUACGUAUGAUGAAUGCCCUUCCGUAUUCCUUGGUGCAGAGGGGUCCAAAAGACAUUCAUGGUGUUGGAAAUUACGUUCUGGACGUGAAGAGUGCUGAUGCCUCCAAGACAUCGCUGCUGACGCUGUACUUCCUGGACUCUGGAUCCUAUUCGAGCGGUUACUUGGACUGGCUUGGGUACUUCUUCCCAACGGAGUACGACUGGAUACAUGAGGACCAAAUCAACUGGUUUUUGCAAGAAUCUUCCAAGAUCCAGGCUAUACAGCGUCCGUUCACACCAGACACUGGCAAGGACUUUGGUUCCAUAUGGAACAGACAGGCCGAUCAGAUCACGCCCACGACGCACAAAUUAGCCAAGCCCAAUGCUAUGAUGUUCUUCCAUAUUCCUCUGCAAGAGUCGUACGGUACAGCGGACAGGGACCCACGUACUGGCCAACUGUUAGACAUCGGUCUGCACGAUCUGGAAGGAUCCGGUGCUGCGAAGAAGAGUGAUGGGAUGUUUGACAAGGGUUUGAAGAAAGCACUGGAGAGUGGCCACGUUGCAAGUGGAGGCAUACCCGAAGUGAAGGUGGUCGCAAAUGGACACUGCCACAUCACGGAGGAUUGCAAACGUGUCAACGAUAUAUGGCUAUGUUUUGGAGGUGGAGGGUCGUACUCUGGGUAUGGACAAAUUGGGUUUGACCGCCGUUUCCGGAUAUACGAAAUCUCAGAUUAUGGAGAAACCAUCCGAACAUACAAGCGCACAGAGAAAGACGAGAUCCUCAACAGUUACACCUUAGCUGGACCAGGGGCACCAUUAUUCAACCCACGAUCGUAGAAUUGUAGGGCAAGGGGUAUGUACGAUGUAAACUAUAAUUAGUGGCCUGACCAUGUUCUCGUGUUCGCCACGGGUCUGUACAUCAUUUAGUAUGAUCUUCUUCACAUUUAUGACGCUUUGAUCCCCAAAA